GCGCGGGCGGCGGGCGGAAACUAAGGGGAAAAGGAAGGGACAAAUUAUCUGGUAAUAUCAGAGUGCCUACAGCUCCAAAUGGAAUUUGACUGGCAUGGAUAAUAGACCUGUGUGAUUCGGGGCCAGCCACUUCUCUGAGUCUGUAAGGGCAUCAUGAGUGAAGCCCCCUGCAGAAAACGUGAUGACUAUUUGGAGUGGCCCGAGUAUUUCAUGGCGGUGGCCUUCUUAUCGGCACAGAGAAGCAAAGAUCCAAAUUCCCAGGUUGGAGCCUGCAUCGUGAACGCAGAAAACAAGAUUGUCGGCAUCGGGUACAAUGGGAUGCCCAACGGGUGCAGCGAUGACCUGUUGCCUUGGAGGAGGACAGCGGCCAAUAAGCUGGACACCAAAUACCCUUACGUGUGCCACGCCGAACUGAAUGCCAUCAUGAACAAAAACUCGGCCGAUGUGAAAGGCUGUACGAUCUACGUCGCCUUGUUCCCGUGUAAUGAGUGUGCCAAGCUCAUUAUCCAGGCGGGUAUCAAAGAAGUCAUUUUCAUAUCUGAUAAAUACCAUGACAGUGAUGAGACCACGGCCGCAAGACUCAUGUUCGACAUGGCAGGGGUCGUCUUCAGGAAAUUCACACCAAAGUGCAGCAAGAUUGUCGUUGACUUUGAUUCAAUUAACAGCAGACCAAGUCAGAAGCAUCCCUGAGUUACAUCUCAUUAAAUCUCCAGAAGAUUGGUGUUAUCCUCUUCUAAGAAGCUGCUAAUGCCUUUCAUCUCAAAGUUACACGUAACUUUCUGCGAGCCAGUGCAGCAAAAGUAGACAUCUGGAGAAUAUAAAGCCUCACCUCUUCCUGGCUGUCUCUCCUGUCUCAUGGAAUCUGUGUCUGUAUAAACUGUGGGUUUAGGGUUUAAAAUAAAGGUGUCUGUAGAUGACCUGUCGCAUAGGACUGGAGUGGGGUGCCUGCCCCUCUUGUCUCCUGGUUUGUCGGGAUGCCACUGGCUUUGUGGAAGGGCAUCUGCUGUAUUUCACAGCUGCUCUUCACCGCCGCGUGUGCUGGAAGGACAGAUAAAUAAUUGUGUUUCCAGCGGCGUGAGCAGACACACUGAUCUGAACAUCUGGUGCAAAUGAAGCAUAAUGUGCACAGUGUCCUUGAAAAAAAAAUAGGCCCCCCAUGACUGUAGCACCGGAGGAUUUGCUUUACAGGGUUGGGGGAACACCCCCCACCCACCCAAAGCACCUCGAUGGGGCGGCACAUCUGUCCUUGCAGAUGGUGAGUGUCACGGAGCCUGGAGUCUCUGCUUCGGCUGCUCUGCUGCCCAUGGCCGGUGGCAAGUCGUCCCUCUGAGGGUCGGGGCCCCUGUUGGUUUUGCUGCUUAUCUUUGGGUUGUUGAUCACACGGAGGGAGCCCUUGCAUUUGUCUGAAUACUGAGCUGCCCUGGAGGAGACAGCCUGCCCUGCCCUGGGGGUCGCCCUGGAGGGGCAGAUGCCCACCUGCUUCUCCCACCACCUGGAAAUGUGUUAGCGCUCGCCCGUGUGCCAACAGGGUUCAUUUCCAAAGCUGCUCUACAAGCAGAGAGUCAAUUAAUUCUUACCCUGUAAGUAAAAUGUGGGGAAUUCAGCCUGCCUCGAGGCGGCUCCUUGCAGAUCUCUUGGCAACUAGAGGCAUUUGUGGGCCCGGCACCCAGCCUUCCUGGAUGCACCCGUGCCCUUCCUCAUUGCUGGGACUGGGGAAUGUGUGGCUGUGUACCUUGUCUUUAAUCUCAUUUCAUUUUUAUUUAACACACUCCACACCUUUGUUGAGAAAACAGUUUCUUUAUCCUAGAGAUUAUGACCGUUUUAAAGUGCUCUUACAUUUUCAUGAGUUUUUAUUUUGUCUCUGAGGUUUUGUACUCCAUAUUCUAGGGCAUUUUGUAAUUUGGCUUCUUACCAAUAUUGUUAAAAUCUUAUUAAAAUCUACCACACUGAA